UUCGCUCGCUGCCUCCCUUCUUCACAAGGCAGCUUGACCGGAGUACCGUUACAGGCCUCCAUCCCGUCCUCGCAGCUUGAAAGGCCACAGUACAGGUCUACAGCCGUGCCGGCGGCCAUCUGCCGCGCUCCUCCUUCCCGGUCCCGAGCGAAGGCUCCUCCUUCCGGCGUGACUGGCCUAGAGCCGCAUGUGAGGCGAGAAGGCGGGAGGGGUGAGAGCCAGCCAACAGCGGCCCCCAGCGCGGCGGCGGCGGCAGAAGAAAGAAGCGGCAGCGGCGACAGCAGUGGCGGCUCCAUCUCUUACCUCCGCCGGCCACCGCGCCCCAGAGCCUCCCGCCUCGCCCCCCAUCCCUCAUGACGGUUUGGUGCUGCCGGUGCUCCUUGGCCAGUCACUUCAGAAACUACUGUAAUCCUGAAACAGAAGGACAAUUUUUGAAUUCCUUAGUGCAGUAUUUGGGUGACAACUUUGGGACAAAUGUUAAAACAAUGCCCCUACUAGAAGAAACUACUCUACCUGUGGAUGUGCCACUGACUUUGCCAAUGGUAGUAAUAGGUAAUGGGCCUUCAGGAAUUUGUCUCUCUUACAUGUUGUCUGGAUACAGGCCUUAUUUGUCUCCUGAAGCUGUACAUCCCAAUCCGAUUUUGCAUAGUAAACUAAAAGAAGCCAGUCAUCUCUCUCUUGUAGAUCAGGAAUUAGAAUACUUGUCUGAAGGCCUAGAAGGACGCUCUUCAAAUCCUGUUGCAGUACUUUUUGACACACUGCUUCACCCAGAUGCUGACUUUGGCUUUGACUACCCAUCUGUUCUUCACUGGGAGCUAGAACAGCAGCAUUACGUUCCUCAUAUGGUCCUUGGCAAAGGACCACCUGGUGGGGCUUGGCAUGUGAGGAAAACUUUGUCUAUGGAAGGUUCUAUGCUGACCAUCAGUUUUGGAGAUUGGAUGGAAUUACCUGGAUACAAGUUUAAGGAUUGGGCUUCUACUAAACGAAGAAAUAUAAAAUGCGACAGAGUUCUGCCAGAAGAAAUUGCUAGGUACUACAAGCACUACGUUAAAGUCAUGGGCCUACAGAAAAACUUUAGAGACAACAUUUACAUUACAUCUGUAUCAAGGCUUUACCGAGAACAGGACCAUGAAAAUGAAAGCCAAGUAAAAGAACAUGUUUCAACACAGCAUUUUCAAACACAAGAGCAGGAUGGACAGAACCCAACAAUCAAGAGAAACUGGGAAAUCCGAGGUUAUCAGAGAGCAGCGGAUGGCUCUCAUGUGCCAUUCUGUUUGUUUGCUGAGAAUGUGGCUCUUGCCACUGGAACCUUUGAUGCUCCUGGCCGCCUACAAGUUGAAGGAGAAGAUUUCCCCUUUGUCCUCCAUUCCAUGUCUGAUUUUGGAGCUGCUGUAGGCAAAGGAAUACUAUGUGGAAAAACGGACCCCGUCCUAAUCAUAGGUGGUGGACUCACAGCAGCUGAUGCAGUUCUGUGCGCUUAUAACAAUAACAUCCCUAUAAUUCAUGUAUUCCGCAGAAAGGUCACUGACCCAAAUUUAAUUUUCAAGCAGUUGCCUAAGAAGCUUUACCCAGAAUACCAGAAGGUCUACCAUAUGAUGUGCACUCAGUCAGUCACAAAUGUGGACUCUACUUUGCAUUCAUCUUAUAUCAGUUUUCCUGAACAUCGGGUACUUUCUUUUCAAUCAGAUAUGAAAUGUGUCCUUCAGAGUGCUGCUGGACUGAAGAAGAUCUUAAAGUUCUCUGUAGCCUUAGUAUUAAUAGGUUCUCAUCCUAACCUGUGCUUCUUAAAGGACCAAGGCCAGGGUAUAGGUCAUAAUCCAAAUGAACCAAUUUCAUGCAAGGGUAACCCUAUUGAAAUUGAUCCCUACACGUAUGAGUGCACAAAGGAACCCAAUCUUUUUGCAAUAGGGCCUCUGGUUGGAGAUAAUUUUGUACGUUUUUUAAAAGGAGGGGCACUGGGGAUUGCACAACACUUGGCUAAAAGGCAGAAGCAGAAACAUCAACUCAUUGUUGAAAGAGGAGGUGACGGAGUGCCCUAAAGCAAGUAGUCACAAGUAUCUUGUAGGGAACUACUGGCAUACGCUGUGAUCCAUUGACAUCUAAAGUCAUUGGCAGCCAUGUUUUUGUUACACAUACAAGUCCUUCAUUCUUGUAUUGCCUUGUAGAGGAUGAUGACUUUAAAGUAUUUCAGCCUUUACAAAAUACAGAAAUAUUGUCUUGUUUUACUGGAGUUCUUUCCAGAUAAAAGAAGAGGAAAUGAAAAUCAGUUGACUUGAUUUGGUUUAAUACUCAAAGAACACACUUCUCUAGAGUGAAUUUCUGCCCAUGAGCUUUUUAUUCUUAAGUGUUUUACUAUAGAGAACUAAACUGAGUUCUACGAAUAGAAGCUUCUUAAUAUAAAUGAUAAAUUAAAGCAAAUGUUCAGCAGUUUAUUUGCAGCAAAGACUUUAUUUAUUUUGAUAUGGGCAUAAUGGCAUCUAUAGCAACCUGUUAGCACUUUUUAAUUGCUUGUGAAAUAAAGAUUGUUUUUGCAAGGAGAAA